AUCGGUGUGUAGAUGGUGAGUGGACGGCGGAGAAUUCAGCCGCCGGAGGACUUUUCUCUACGAAUAAAACUACUUGUUCGUGCGAGCAAAGUCACCGACGAGGACUAGCCGAGCAGGACACAUGCGAAAAUGCGAGAAGAAAUCCAGGAAGAGAGCGUGUGCUUAUUAAAAAUUCAGCGCGGGAGAACAGACGUUGUCGCCCCUUCAGAUGACUUGCGGCAGCGCUGAGGAGAAGCUACAGCGCCGAGCGGCUGCCAGCGUCGUUUAAUGGGGUGAAACGAGGCGGAAUUGUCUCGAAAAGGCGAGUCCGAAGCGUUUCUAAAGCGGCCAAAACCCAGAGGGAAGGGGAGGAGAGGGGGGCAGAGAAAACGCCCUGCUCGCCUGUUGCUGCUGCCUCCACAUUCAAACUUUGUCGCCGAGUUGGAAAAUGCAUCUUUCGCCGAAGGGGAGGUGAGGAUUCAGGUCGGACGUUGCCCACAUUAGCUCAACGGCGAGCCGCUAGCAAACCGAGGGCCCGCGCCAAGUUUUUGGUUAGCGGGGACUCGCUCCGCUCCGGGGAUAUUUUUCUCUUCAUUGUGCGCGGCAGUCCCGGUGGAGGCGAUUUGGGUGGGCUGAGAGCCCAGGGCUGCUCCGCUAGGCCCACGGCCAUUAGCCAGGAACAAAGAGGGUUCACAUGUAAACCGCAACAGGUUGGAAAAGCGUGUACAUUUUUUACUCUGACUCAACUUUGAACGACCGACGCCGCAGUCAUGUCGCUCGGCGCCGAGAGGAGGAUGGAAACCCGGCUGAAGAAGCUGGAGGACAUGAUCAGAGAUCCCAGAUCUGCCGUCAACCUGGAAAGUUUGCUGGACUCCAUAAACGCCCUGGUCUUAGACUUAGACUACCCUGCACUCCGCAAGAACAAAAACAUCGAAACCUUCCUAAACAGAUAUGAGAAAGUCAUUAGACAGACUCGGGAUCUCCAGAUGAAGUCUGAAGACUUUGACAGAGUUAAAGUCAUUGGUCGAGGGGCGUUUGGUGAAGUUCAACUGGUCCGGCAUAAGGCCUCUCAGAAGGUCUACGCCAUGAAGCUACUGAGCAAGUUUGAGAUGAUCAAGCGCUCGGACUCUGCUUUCUUCUGGGAAGAGAGGGACAUCAUGGCCUUUGCCAACAGUCCCUGGGUCGUGCAGUUGUGCUGUGCCUUCCAAGAUGAGCACUACCUCUACAUGGUGAUGGAGUACAUGCCAGGGGGGGACCUGGUCAACCUCACCAGCACCUACGACGUGCCGGAGAAAUGGGCCAAGUUCUACACAGCGGAGGUGGUGAUGGCCCUGGACGCCAUUCACUCCAUGGGCUUCAUCCAUCGGGACGUCAAGCCGGACAACAUGCUGCUGGACAGACACGGACACCUCAAGCUGGCUGACUUUGGCACGUGCAUGAAGAUGGACUCUACCGGCAUGGUGCACUGUGAUACAGCUGUGGGGACCCCAGACUACAUCUCUCCUGAGGUGCUGAAGUCCCAGGGAGGAGAUGGCUAUUAUGGCAGAGAGUGUGACUGGUGGUCCGUAGGGGUCUUCAUCUUCGAGAUGCUCGUUGGUGACACGCCGUUCUACGCCGACUCUCUGGUGGGAACCUACAGCAAGAUCAUGGACCAUAAAAACUCCCUCAACUUUCCAGAUGACGUGGAGAUCUCCAAAGAUGCCAAGAACAUAAUCUGCGCCUUCCUGACUGACAGGGAGGUGCGAUUGGGCAGGAACGGCGUGGAGGAAAUCAAGCGACACCCUUUCUUCAGGAACGACCAGUGGACCUUUGACACCAUCAGAGACACGGUUGCCCCUGUAGUCCCAGAGCUGAGCAGUGACAUAGACACCAGCAAUUUUGAUGAGAUUGAAGAAGACAAAGGCGAUGUAGAAACUUUCCCCACUCCUAAAGCCUUUGUUGGAAAUCAGCUGCCCUUCGUUGGCUUCACUUACUUCAAAGAAGACCAGUUACUGAAUGCUUCUAACAAUAUCUCGGUGACUCAUGAGAAUUCGAAAGGAGAGUCGGCAGCGCUGCAGAAGAAAAUGCGUCACCUGGAGGUGCAGCUGAAUAACGAGAAGCAGGUCAAAGAUGAAACGGAGCACAAAUACAGAGCUGCCAUUAGCCGUCUAGACAAAAUCUCCAAAGAACUUGAGGAAGAGGUGAGCAGCAGAAAGAAUCUGGAGUCCAGUCUGAGGCAGCUAGAGAGAGAGAAAGCCUUGCUGCAGCACAAGAGCCUGGAAAGCCACCGCAAGGCCGAGAGCGAGGCCGACAGGAAGCGCUGCCUGGAGAACGAAGUCAACAGCCUUCGUGACCAGCUGGAUGACAUGAAGAGAAGAAACCAGAACUCGCACAUUUCCAAUGAGAAGAAUAUUCACCUGCAGAAACAGCUGGAAGAAGCCAACACGUUGCUGAGGGCCGAGUCCGAGGCGGCGACGAGGCUCCGUAAAACCCAGACGGAGAGCAGCAAGCAGCUGCAGCAGCUGGAGGCCAACGCGCGUGAGCUGCAGGACAAAUGCUGCCUGCUGGAGCGUAGCAAGCUGAGCCUGGAGAAGGAAUGCAUCAGCCUGCAGGCUGCGCUGGAGACAGAGAGGAGGGAGCACAGCCAGGGCUCGGAGACCAUCAGUGACUUGACGGGACGAAUCUCUGCCCUGGAGGAGGAGGCACGUCAGCAGAGACAGGUUCUGUCCAAAGCUGAGACUGAGAAGAGACAGCUUCAGGAGAAACACACCGAUCUGGAGAAGGAGAUGAGCAACAAGGAGAUCGAUUUGACCUACAAGCUGAAGGUGCUGCAGCAGGAGCUGGAGCAGGAGGAAGCCUCUCAUAAGGCCACCAGGGCACUGCUGGCAGACAAGAGCAAGAUCAAAGUAACCAUUGAGGGCGCCAAGUCAGAGUCCAUGAAGGAGAUGGAGCAGAAGCUGGCGGAGGAGCGAGCAGCCAAACUUCGGUUGGAGAACAGAAUACUGGAGCUGGAGAAGCACAGCAGCAUGAUGGACUGCGACUAUAAACAGGCUCUGCAGAAACUAGACGAGCUGCGCAGACACAAGGACCGGCUAACUGAGGAGGUGAAGAACCUGACGCUGAAGAUCGAGCAGGAAACCCAGAAGCGUAACCUGACUCAGAACGACCUGAAGGCCCAGAACCAGCAGCUCAGUUCUCUGCGAGCCUCCGAGAAGCAACUCAAGCAGGAAAUGAACCACCUGCUGGACAUUAAACGCAGCUUGGAGAAACAGAACCAAGAGCUGCGCAAAGAAAGACAGGACACGGACGGCCAAAUGAAGGAAUUGCAGGACCAGCUAGAAGCUGAACAGUAUUUUUCUACCCUGUAUAAGACCCAGGUUCGUGAACUAAAGGAAGAGUGUGAGGAGAGGAACAAACUCUACAAAGAUGUGCAGCAGUCUCUUCAGGAGCUUCAGGAGGAGAGAGACUCAUUGGCAGCCCAGCUCGAGAUCACGCUGACAAAGGCUGACUCAGAGCAGCUUGCGCGCUCCAUCGCUGAGGAGCAGUACUCAGACCUGGAGAAGGAGAAGAUAAUGAAGGAGCUGGAACUGAAGGAGAUGAUGGCCCGCCAUCGUCAGGAGCUGGCUGAGAAGGAUAUCACCAUCAGCUCACUGGAGGAAGCCAAUAGGACCCUGACCAGCGAUGUCGCUAACCUAGCUAAUGAGAAGGAGGAGCUGAACAACAAACUGAAGGAGGCUGUAGAAGAAUCAGAAAAGUCAAAGGAUUGGGAGCAGCAGAUCAGCCAGAUGAAGCAGGCAUUUGAGAAGCAGCUGCAGUCAGAGAGGACGCUGAAAACUCAGGCCGUCAAUAAGCUGGCAGAGAUCAUGAACAGGAAGGAGGUUCGUGGCGGAGGCAGUCGCCGUGGUAACGACACAGACAUGCGCCGGAAGGAGAAGGAGAACAGGAAGCUGCAGUUGGAGCUCAGGUCGGAGAAGGAAAAACUCAACAGCUCCAUCAUCAAAUACCAGAGAGAGAUCAACGAAAUGCAGGCGCAACUGUCGGAUGAGAGCCAGAUGCGCAUUGAGCUGCAGAUGGCUCUGGACAGUAAGGACAGUGACAUCGAGCAGCUGAGGAACCUCCUGCAAUCGCUCAGCGUUCAGUCGCUGGACUCUGCCAGCGUCAACAGCGGGCCAGAGUUUGAUGCUGAUGAUGCAUACACAGAAACAAGACUGGAAGGCUGGCUCUCUCUCCCUGUAAGAAACAACACCAAAAAGUUUGGCUGGGAGAAAAAGUAUGUCGUAGUGAGCAGCAAGAAGAUUCUCUUCUACAACAACGAGCAAGACAAAGAGCAGUCCAUUCCCUACAUGGUGCUCGAUAUAGACAAACUCUUCCAUGUGAGGCCUGUCACUCAAACAGAUGUGUACCGUGCUGACGCCAAAGAGAUUCCCAGGAUAUUCCAGAUUCUUUAUGCCAACGAGGGCGAGAGCAAAAAGGAGCCGGAGUUUCCUGUGGAGCCGCUGGCCAUUGGAGAGAAGUCCAGCUACAUCUGCCACAAGGGCCACGAGUUCAUCCCCACACUGUACCACUUCCCCACCAACUGUGAGGCGUGCACCAAGCCGCUGUGGAACAUGUUCAAGCCGCCACCGGCUCUGGAGUGCCGGCGCUGCCACAUCAAGUGCCACAAGGACCACAUGGACAAGAAGGAGGAGAUCAUCGCUCCAUGCAAAGUGAACUACGACGUGUCUACGGCCAAGAACCUGCUGCUACUGGCCAUAUCCCAGGAGGAGCAGCAGAAGUGGGUGAGCCGACUGGUCAAGAAGAUUCCCAAGAAGCCUCCACCGCCGGAACACUUUGCACGCUCCUCACCACGCGCCUCCAUGAAGGUCCAGCCCAGCCAGUCCAUGAGGAGGCCCAGCCGACAGCUCCCCAACAGCAAGAGCAGUUAACCUUGCUUGGGAGUGUGGUGUGUCGUCAAGCUGGUGCGGUGUGUUUCCUCCUAAAUCAGAGACUGUAUACAAAGCUCCGUUUGCAGAUCAGCACACUGAGCUCCACAUCACUUCUCCACAACCCACCCUGUCGUGCUUCAGCCUGUGAGAGUUACAAAGUCUGUUUUUCCCUUUUGUUGAACUUCUUUUCCAGCCAAUUGAAGCUGUACCGAUCAAACUCAACCCCUGUGUGAUCUUUUCAACCAGCUGGAUGGCUUAUAAGCAUAUUAGCCGAAGUCUUCUCUUGGGCCCUUGACUAGAGCAAUUAUGUGUCUCUGGGGAGCUGGAGUAGCUCGUCCGGCUCCCGCAGAACAGAAGAGAGCUCUUAUAAGCCCUUCCAGGGCUGACAAGAAGGGGAUACACUUACCUCAACACUUCUCACCAGGACACACUGUCUGAUUGAAGGACCUAACAGGAAAACUCUCAACUCUUCCUCACCACCUUUGGGGAUUCUUGUGGCCAAAUAAAAAAAAAGACAUUCUUGUGUUUAAUGAUUGUGAACAAUAUGAAGGGUUUAAUGGGGAACACUACACUCAGAAGAUAGUUCUGUAAUUUGUUGGCUGAACACAGCUGAGGUUGCCAGACAUUCUGGUAUCAGAUAUUCUGGUAUCAGUAUUUGGACUUCGGCUUAUUCAAACAAACAUAUUGAUUGUAGCUUUUUGCUUCCCAUGAUUCUGCUUUCAGGUGCGCAUCCACACGGGUCACAGAAACUUGAAUGAGGUACUUAAGCAAACAAGCUGCGACUUCUAGGAAAGUCAACAAGGUGGGAAGGAGUGUCGGAUUUCUCCAGGGUUUGAGCAAAGAAUCCCUUGAGCGCCUCUUAUUCAACUUUCUGACUCGGGCACGCUCUGAAACACCGGUUUGCGUCGUAUGACUACAGUAACGGUUCUGGGUGAACAGAAUCCUGCUCUGAAUGGCAAUAGAUGGAGGCCCAGACAUGAGAUCCUCACAAUCCCAUAAUCUUUCAAACCUGCACUGUCAUGUUAUGAGGGUUAAUGUUUACUGAAUUCAAGGGGUGCACCGUUAAUGCUUUUCUGAUCCGAGCUUGGCUCCUUUUGUUGUUUGAAUGUACAUCUGGGCUUUACCAGAGACGACACGCAGGCAUUGUAUUACUUCUAUCCAAAUAUACUUGACUGAAGCCCCCUUUCAUCACUAACUACUCUGAGUGAACUUGCAUGUGUUUGCCUUUUUAGGCCUCCACCUAUUAUUUUUAGUCAUUUGACAAUGAAAAUGAGGGGAAUUUACCAGUAAGAAGCAGAAACAAUGAAGGUAUGCAAUCAUAUCCCAUGAGUCAAAAUACUGAGCACUAUUCCAUUGAAAGUUUUUCUAAAAGUGUUUGUCCUGAUAUUUUUGUAUUAAAAGUAACCAAACUCUGAGUUUGGGCACAUUGUUAUGCGUAUGUGGCUUAUAUAGCAAGUGGAGAGUAACUGUGUGUGUGUGCGUGCGCGUGCGUGUGGUCGUAUGUGUGUGUACUGACUCUGAGUGCUCUCCUUUAACCAAGAAGCAUGUUUUAUACAUAUAAAUAUACACAGUAUAUAUUUUACAUGCCAUACAGUGCACAUUAUAUUAUUUAUACAGCCUUGUCCACUUUGUAUUUAAGGGCUCUACAUCCAGAUUGCAUGUUUGCUACCAAACAGCUCUAUAAUAACAACUACUUCAACAAUAAAGACAUGGAUGUGCCUUUUG